AGGAUCAUUCAGACUCCACCUCGAUAAGGCGGAAGUUCAAGGGGGAGCUCGAUGUCAUUGUACAUUGUAUUUGCAGUGAAAUGUCCAAAAGGUUGUUUGUUCUCCCCUUACCUGUCCCUCCUUCUCCGCCUCCUCCCAAACCCCACUGUCCCCUCCCCCUCCCGUCUCCAUGGAGCGGUACGAGUCGCUGGGCCUGGUUGGCGAGGGCAGUUACGGCGCCGUGCUGAAGUGUCGUCACAGGGAGAGCGGCCGUCUCGUCGCCAUCAAGAAGUUUCUGGAUUCGGACGAAGAUAAAACGGUGAAGAAGAUCGCUCAGAGGGAGGUCAGGCUGCUGCGGCACCUGCGUCAUGAUAACCUAGUGAACCUUCUGGAGGUGUGGAAGAGGCGGCGGCGCUGGUACCUGGUCUUUGAGUUUGUGGAGAGGACUCUUCUGGACGAGCUGGAGCAGAAACCUCAGGGUCUAGAGCUACACACCUGUCGACAAUACCUGUACCAGAUCCUGAGAGCGACUGCCUUCUGCCACCAGCACAACGUCAUCCAUCGCGACAUAAAGCCCGAGAACAUCCUCAUUUCUCAGGGGGGUGUGGUCAAACUGUGCGACUUUGGCUUCGCUCGCACCGUGUCUGUGUCGGAGGGCGGAGCUUACACCGACUAUGUGGCCACGCGCUGGUACCGCCCCCCCGAGCUACUGGUGGGAGACACGCACUACGGAAAGCCUGUGGACGUGUGGGCCGUGGGUUGUCUGCUGUUGGAGAUGCUCACCAGUCAGCCCCUGUUCCCCGGAGAGUCAGACCUGGACCAGAUCCACCACAUUGUGCGCUGUUUCGGAGACCUGACGUCUCACCAUCAGCAGUUGUUCCACUCAAACCCUCUGUUCUCUGGAGUGCGUCUGCCUCAGUGCUCUGGACCAAUCACAUUACAGCAGCGCUUCCCCUCCCUCCUCCCCACGACACUCAGCCUGGCCCAGAGCUGCCUCCAGAUGGCGCCGGAGCAGAGGCCUGAGUGUUCAGAGCUGCUCGAGCACGACUUCUUUACCCACGACUCCUUCAACGUCAGGUUUUCAGACGAACUUAAUGCAAAGAUCCAAAAGGACCACAGGGAGAACUCCACUCUGCCCAAAAUCCCCAAAAGCACCAUGGGUCACACCAAAGAGGAGCCAGAGGAGAAAGAGAAAAGACACAAACUCCCUGAAAACGUGGACGAAAAACUACGAACCAAAAAGGAGAAAGAGCCGAACGAUGACAAGACCAGAGCCGUGAGACAGGCCAAGCUCCCAAAAGCCAAUCUGACCGCUCCGGAAACCACCACCAAACCGACGAAGACCACAGGAACCAAAACUAAAGCUGUAAAACCCAAGGACACUCAAGACACAGCAAAAACGUCCACCAGCAACCCAGGUGUCAAAGCUAAAGCCAGCCGAGCGCCUUCGCCUGAAACCAAACAUGACAACGCGAAAGAUCCAGCUAAAGUGAGUCUAAGCUCCAAAGCUCUUAAAGCUGCACACCCAGAGCAGAGCCAGAGGUUUGUGAAGAAGAAACCAGAGCCUCAGAACCUAAACGCCAGCUCCAAAGUGCUCAGAGGAACCGGAGAACAGCUGGUGUCAGACUUCAUGUUUGACCCGGAGAGAAGCCAUUCGACGUUAACCGUGCCUCAAACUGCAAAAAGAACAGGAGAUGCACGAGAAGAAGCUCCACCUGCAGCCGACAGUAACGAGGACAGGAUCUCAAAGUCGAGUCAGACGCUGGAGAGCUGUAUGGCAAAACACCCAGCCGUGUCUGAGAACAUCUCCAAACCAAAGCUCAACCCGAGUCUGGAGGCUUCCAUCUCAAAACAGGCCACAAAUAUAGAUUUCAACAGCUUCAAAAUGUCCGCUCCCUCUCACAGUCUGUCCAAGAUCAUGCUGCAGUCACUUCCACAGCCGAGCAACCUCCCUAAAGCCUCCAAAAGUAACCCGGAUGCCCCGAACGCACAUCGUCUGAGGAUAAAAGCUCUAGUCAGUAACUUUCCCGUGGAGCGAGCGCCAAGUGUAGCAUUAGACAGUGGUAAACUUUUCACAGGUCCCAAAGACGAGACAUUAUUAGGUCCUACGAGGGACGAGGAGCUUACAGACGCUUCAGAGAAACGGGACAAAGAUUUAAAUUCAGGCUUUGGGUCAAAAACUCAAACUGAAUCCAGAUUAGCUUCAUCUGACGACACUGAUCCAACCCCAACAGCCCCCUCACAGCUGAACAAAGGAUUAAACAUGUGUGAAACCGAAACGAGAGCUGAGGUGGACCACGGCGGCCCCAGGUGGAGGAGCGAGGCCCUGAACGCUCUUCAUCACACGAAGACCAGGACUCUGGGGGGUGUAGUCUGCUCCGGUUCAACCUUGGCCCAAAGUAAAGCUCCGACCCAGAGUCAAGAGGAAACAAGGGCGAAAACCCACCAACAGAGAAACGAGGACACAAACGUGGUCCCCAACGUGGCCCCCAACGUGGCCCCCAACGUGGCCCCCAACGUGGUCCCCAACGUGGUCCCCAACGUGGCCCCCAACGUGGCUGCUGAUGAGCCGGACCCAUGGGACCAGUUUGAGGACCUGUUCUGCUCCUCCCCCCCUCCUCCUCCACCUCCCUCCUCCACGCCUCUGCUGCUGCUGGCCCCUCCCACUCAGGUGACAUCCACGGGACACAGCGCCCCCCACAGCCCACUCAGAGCGACUCAGACUGACGUCCACACUCACAUAUACAGCUGUGUGACGCCGAUCCUCAGCGACGCCACGCCUACUCUGCCCCCAACGGUGAAGUGCAGAGAUCAGUGGGAGCAGAGGAACAGUCGCCCAAACCAUCCGCCUUAAACUGAAGCCGACCCUGCUCUGAAGUAUAUUUAACCUCAAAUACAUGAUUAUAACCUCAAAUACAUGAUUAUAACCUCAAAAACAUGAUUAUAACCUCAAAUACAUGAUUAUAACCUCAAAUACAUGAUUAUAACCUCAAAUACAUGAUUAUAACCUCAAAUACAUGAUUAUAACCAGGAUAUACAGGGAUUAAGUGACUCACUGUUAUGUUUAAAUCAGAUGCCAUGUGCAGAUUAUGUUCUAAUCGUUUUGAAGAUAAAAUCUGUUUUAAAUGUAUAUAUUUUGUGACAUUUAUUUUCUUAAACAUAAAUCAUAAACACCAACAAAUAAUGACCCUUUAAAAUAAAAGUUUGAAGUAU